CACACUGUGCCUGCUAUGGGCCUUGCAUCUGGAGACGACACAAUAACAACAGUAUGCCCAGAUGACAGCCUAUACAUGCCAACUCUUGACAGUACAAUGAGGAGCACAGAUGAUGAAAUCUCCCCGCACAAAGACAACAAAUAUAUUGUCUUUGAGAGUCAACUGAGGGAGCUGUUCCAGACCUGCAAAGUGUGCCUGCAGCGUUGCAAUCCCACAUUUACUUGUAAGGGAACUCUCCUACGCGUUGAAUGCAGCUGCAAUGACGGCCACAAUUAUGUGUGGGAAAGCCAGCCCUACAUUGCCAAUAAGCCAGCAGGAAACUUGCUUUUGUCUGCUGCCAUUCUCUUCAGUGGAUCAAGCCCAGUUUCGACGCUGAGAAUGCUGGAAUUAAUGAAUAUGAAGGUGUUCUGUAGACACACAUAUUUUAAUUACCAGAGGGGCUACCUGCUGCCAGCAAUUGAACAAGUCUGGACAAAUCAUCAGGCACAAUUGAUGACAGAAAUUCAGGGAAAGGAGUCAUCUCUCGCUGGAGAUGGACGCUGUGACUCGCCUGGUCACAACUCUAAGUACCUGACUUACAGCUUCUAUCAUGAAGGUUUGAGGAAAAUUGUUCACACUGUUCAGGUGCAGGCAAAUGAAGUGGCAUCAAGUAGUCACAUGGAACUUGAAGCAGUACGCCGGGGACUCGAAGAGCUGGCAGAUCUAAACGUUCUGUUGAAGAGCUUCACGACAGACCGCCACCCUGGAGUACGGAAGUACAUGCGUACAACACAUCCAGAUGUUAAACAUCAGUUUGACGUGUGGCACGUGUCUAAAGGUAUCCGAAAAAAGAUGGUGGCAGCCAGUAAGGAGAAAAACUGUGAAGCUCUGGAACUGUGGGUGAAGCCAGUGAUAAACCAUCUCUACCACUGCGUCACCCAUAGUGAAGGGGAUCCUGAACAAGUUAUCUCCAUGUGGCGUAGUUUCAACAAUCACGUUUCAAAUGUCCAUCAUGGUCAUGAUGGACCGUACUCACGGUGCCUUCACACACCCCUCAGUGAUCAAAAGCGCCCUUGGCUUCUGCCAGACUCUCGUCCAAAGGCAAAACUGACCGCCAUCACUGAGGCAAAGUAUUUGCUAAAAGACAUCCAGCACCUUUCGCCUGAUGUACAAACAUCCGGUUUAGAAGCCUUUCAUAGCCUUCUGAUUCGUUUUGCUCCCAAGUCUGUGGGCUAUAGUGCACGAACAAUGCGGAACAGAGUCUACUUGGCCAUUCUCCACUUUAACGAGAACGCGUCGAGACAACAUGCCAUGACUGAGGAAGGGGAGCCCCGAUACAGAGUGAAGGUAUCAAAAAUUUACAAGCAGGAGCAUGUUGCACUGCCCAUCAAAGAAGAACCAACGUUUCGUUACUUUGACGAGCUUGUAGACAAAUGUGUACAGCUGUGCAACACGUGGGACACAUUCAAUGGUGCUUUUGAGGCAUACUCAUGUAAUGAUCCACCAUUCCUGACAGAGACUAACCCUGCACCCCCAAAAACAGAACUGAUUUCAGCACGGCAACAUCGACUGGGACCUUGCAGCUGCCUUCAGUGUACUCUCAAGGCCUAAAACCAGUGUAGCUGCCUGAGGGUGAUGGGAAGUUGUUCCGUAUCGCCAUCACCACACAUGACGGGAGCACCCGCCUGUCUUCUUCCGGAAGUGGUCCCCAUAUCCAUGAUGCAAAAUUGCGAUAUGCUAUGUGGCGCCAUAUUCUGAAAAACAACAAAGUGCACUGUCAGCUGUGAAAUGCCCACAAUUGCAUACUUACUUUACGUUGCUAGUGAACAUGUCAAAGAAUGGACAGAAAAUAGGAACAGUGAUUUUAUCUGUUACUGUAAGUGAUGUUCCUAAUUGAUUGCUUUGAUUAGUGCCUCAUCACAGCUAUUCAUGACAUAGCUUGAGUGAGACCCACAUGCACAUAAAUAUAACUGUAGAGGUGGUAAUAUAGAUGGGCAGAAAUCCAGAGAACCGGUAAGGAAGCGUGAAGGGAAUCGCCUCAGAACAAGAGCUGCUGAUAUUUCGAACAGAGACUGUUCUUCUUCUGGGCACCGUCCUCAUCAUUGGCAUGAUAUUUAAAUGGGUUAGGUAUGACGUGCUAAAGGUUCAUGUGAAUUGUGGGUCAACAGGCUGGGGGGAA